AACCGGUACCACGUUAUUCCAAGUGGAGAGAAUGCCGAAGUCCACCAUUUUGUCUGCAUCUGUGCUUUUGGCGAGGAGAUUCAGGAGCUAACGUUGUUGUGUAAACUAUCAGUUUUCCACCGUGAAAAUGUCUAAACUAAAUGUGUUUAGAGAAUGUAUCAGUGAGAUAUUAUCAGCGGCAGCUUUAGAGAUUUUCGGAGUUAUUGAAAAAACGCUUAUCGAGUACAACGAAAAAAUCUUACGUUCCGAGGAGGAGAUGAAGCGGCUACCAAGGCUGUUGAACGUUGUUACUCAACCCAAUAUUGCAGCUCCUCUGUCCCCAGAAGUGCAGCAGCUCUCUCUCCCGGAGCCCCCACAGAUUAAAGAGGAACAGGAGCUGUGGACCAGUCAGGAGGAGGAGCAGCUCCAAGGACUGAUGUCUGAAACUACAGACUCCAUGUUCACCAGGGACUCCAACUUGCAUAUCAGAGCAUUUCUCAGUGAGAGAUUAACAACAGCAGCUUCAGAGAUUUUCGGGGCCAUUGAAAUAACAUUGGCUGAGUACCAAGAAGAAAUCUCUCGUUCUGAGGAGGAGAGGAAGCGGAUACAGCGGCUGUUUGACGUUGUUGCUCAACCUGAGAUCAAGCUACACCGAACAGAUGUGCAGCAGCUCUCUCUCCCGGAGCCCCCACAGAUGAAAGAGGAAGAGGAGCUGUGGACCAGUCAGGAGGAAGAGCAGCUCCAAGGACUGCAGUCUGAAACUACAGACUCCAUAUUCACCUCUCUCAGUGUGAAAUAUCUUGACCAAACUCUCCAAGUGGACAACAGAGAAGAAGACUCUCUACCCACCAACACAACUGAGGAGCAAGUCAAAGCAGAGACUGAUGAACAACACUGUGCAGCACCAGAACCAGGCAGUGACUCUCAGUCCCUCUCUGUUGUAGCUCCAGACUGUCCUGCAGCUCAUAGUUUGGAGGAGGAGGAGGAACAUGGAGGAGUGAUGCCUGUGCUAGAAACAGUCAAAUCAAGCAGAAAAAGGAAGAAGAACAUGACUCUGCCAAUGGAAGGUACUUCACAGGGAAGUCACACAGGAGAGAAACCUAAUCAGUGUUUAGAAUGUAACAAAAUAUUUAGUAGCAAAUAUUAUGUCCUUGCUCACAUGAGGACGCACACUGGAGAGAAACCUUAUCAGUGUCUAGAAUGUAACAAUGCUUUUAGACAUAAAGCUUCUUUGGUUUUUCAUAUGAGGACGCACACAGGAGAGAAACCUUUUCAGUGUCCACAAUGUAGCAAACGUUUUGUUAGAAAGGGUGGUUUGGUUCAUCACAUGAAGACACACACAGGAGAAAAACCUUAUCAGUGUCCACAUUGUAGCAAAUUAUUUACUCAAAAGGAUCAUCUGGUUGCACACAUGAGGACAUACAACACGGAAGAGAAAGAUUUUCAGUGUCAUGAAUGUAACCAAAGAUUUUGUCGAAAGUACAACUUGGUUGAACACAUGUGGACACACAAGGGAGAGGAACAGGAGCAGUGCAACAGCAAGGAGAAAGAUCAGCUCCAAGGUCUGCAGUCUAAAACUACAGACCCUGGAAUAACUUUUCUCAGUGUGAAACAGGAGAGGUCCUCUGAAUAUUCACAUCUUGACCAAGCUGUCCAAGUGGACAACAGAGAAGGAGACUCUCUACCCACCAACACAACUGAGGAGCAAAUCAAAGCAGGGACUGAUGAACAAGACUCCCAGCCCCUCUCUGAUGUAGCUCCAGACUGUCCUGAGGCUCAGAGUUUGGAGGCGGCGGAACAUGGAGGAGUGACGCCUUUGCUAGAAACAGUCAAAUCAAGCAGAAAAAGAAAGAAGAACAUGACUCUGCCAAUGGAAGGUACUCCACAGGGAAGUCACACAGGAGAAAAACCUAAUCAGUGUUCAGAAUGUAACAAAAUAUUUAGUAGCAAAUAUUAUGUCCUUGCUCACAUGAGGACGCACACCGGAGAGAAACCUUAUCAGUGUCUAGAAUGUAACAAUGCUUUUACACAUAAAGCUUCUUUGGUUUUUCAUAUGAGGACGCACACAGGAGAGAAACCUUUUCAGUGUCCACAAUGUAGCAAACGUUUUGUACGAAAGGGUGGUUUGGUUCAUCAUAUGAAGACACACACAGGAGAAAAACCUCAUCUGUGUUGACAUUGUAACAAACGUGUUCCAAACAGAGGUUUGGUUGAAAACAUGAAGACACACACAGGAGAAAAACGUUAUCAGUGUCCACAUUGUAGCUAACUAUUUAGUCAAAAGGGUCAUCUGGUUGCACACAUGAGGACUUACACGGGAGAGAAACCUUAUCAGUGUCAUGAAUGUAACCAAAUAUUUUGUUGAAAGUACAAUUUGGUAGAACACAUGUGGACACACGAGGGAGAGGAACAGGACCUGUGGACCAGUAAGGAGAAAGAUCAGCUCCAAGGACUGCAGUCUGAAACUACAGACCCCCAUAUUAACUUCUCUCAGUGUGAAACAGUAUUGUGUUCAGCAGAGGUCUUCUGAAUGUUCCUAUCUUGACCAGACGACAGAGAAGGAGACUUUCUACCCACCAACACAACUGAGGGGCAAAUCAAAGGAGAGUCUCAUGUACAAGACUCGGCAGCACCAGAACCAGGCAGUGACUCUCAGCCCCUCUCUGUUGUAGCUGCAGACUGUUCUGCAGCUCAGAGUUUGGAGGAGGAACAUGGAGGAGUGAUGCCUUUGCUAGAAACGGUCAAUUCAAGCAGAAACAGAGAGAUGAAGAACAUGACUCUGCCCAUGGAAGUUACUCCACAGGGAAGUCACACAGGAGAGAAACCUUAUCAGUGUCUAGAAUGUUAGAAGAGCUUUGCUUGGAAGCGCUCUUUGCUUCAUCAUAUGACAAUACACACUGGAGAGAAACCAAUUCAGUGUCAAGAAUGUAACAAUGCGUAUGGUCAUAAGGCUGCUUUGGUUGUUCAUAUGACGACUCACACAGGAGAGAAACCUUUUCAAUGUCAAAAACGAUUUGCUCAGAAAGGUAAUCUUGUGUGUCACAUGAGAACACGCACAGGAAAGAAACCUCACCAGUGUCAAUAAUGUAACAGAACCUUUGGGAGGAAAUCCAAUUUGGCUGUUCAUAUGAGGAGACACACAGCAGAGAAGAAGUUAAGAAAUAAAUGUCAUUUCAAGUGUGAGGAAUGUAACAAAAGAUUUUGUCUAAGGAAUCAGUUGUAUAAUCAUGGGAGAACACUCAACGUGCAUAUCGGACUCUACCCAUAUCGGUGUCAACAUUGUUGCAGAGGCUUUGGGUCCAAGAGUGCUCUGGUUGUACACAUGAGGAUGCACAUAGGAGAGAAACCUUUUCAGUUUCCACACUAACCAGACUUUUAGUUAAAAAGGUAAUCUGACCACACAUAUGAGGAAACACAAAGGUGAGAUGCUUAUCGAUGUCAGACAUGUAAGAACUCUCAGUUUAAGGUAAUAGUUGGUUAUUCAUGAGUACAUACAGAACAGAUGUCAUAUAAGUGUAAAGAAUGUAACGACAUAUUUCAAAAGAAUUGUACGCAGGUUUAAUGCUUUACGCUGAAAGGUUAUCUGGUUAAUAAAAUAU